GUCGGGGGCGGCGGCGUCAAGAUGGCGGCGGCGGCGGUGGCGGCGGCAGCAGCGGCGGCCGCGGCUGCAUCCCUGCAGGUGCUAGAGAUGGAGAGCAUGGAGACGGCCGCCGCCGGCUCGGCGGGGCUGGCCGCUGAAGUCAGAGGCAGCGGCACGGUGGACUUCGGGCCUGGGCCUGGCUUGUCUGCAAUGGAGGCGAGCGGGGGCGACCCGGGCCCGGAGGCCGAGGAUUUCGAGUGCAGCUCUCACUGCUCCGAGCUGUCAUGGAGGCAGAACGAGCAGCGGCGCCAGGGCCUCUUCUGCGACAUUACCUUGUGCUUCGGCGGUGCGGGAGGCCGCGAGUUCCGGGCCCACCGCUCGGUGCUGGCCGCCGCCACCGAGUACUUCACGCCCCUGCUCUCGGGCCAGUUCUCCGAGUCCCGCUCGGGCCGGGUGGAGAUGCGCAAGUGGAGCUCCGAGCCCGGGCCCGAACCCGACACGGUGGAAGCCGUUAUCGAAUACAUGUACACCGGGCGCAUCCGCGUCAGCACGGGCAGUGUGCACGAGGUGCUGGAGUUGGCCGACAGGUUCCUAUUAAUUCGUUUAAAAGAAUUUUGUGGAGAAUUUCUCAAGAAAAAACUUCAUCUCUCUAAUUGUGUGGCCAUUCAUAGCUUAGCUCACAUGUAUACUCUAAGCCAACUUGCUCUGAAAGCUGCGGAUAUGAUACGGAGAAACUUCCACAAAGUCAUUCAGGAUGAGGAAUUUUAUACUUUACCUUUCCACCUCAUUCGAGACUGGCUGUCGGACUUGGAGAUCACAGUUGAUUCUGAAGAGGUUCUGUUUGAAACAGUUUUGAAAUGGGUUCAGAGAAAUGCUGAAGAGAGAGAGAGAUACUUUGAAGAACUUUUUAAAUUGCUCAGAUUGUCCCAGAUGAAACCUACUUACCUUACUCGUCAUGUCAAACCAGAGAGGCUGGUGGCCAAUAAUGAAGUUUGUGUCAAGUUGGUGGCCGAUGCAGUGGAGAGGCAUGCUCUUAGAGCCGAGAAUAUACAGUCUGGCACAUUCCAGCAUCCCGCUUCUCAUGUCUCACUAUUGCCUCGCUAUGGGCAAAACAUGGACGUGAUCAUGGUUAUUGGAGGCGUGUCAGAAGGAGGGGACUAUUUAAGUGAAUGUGUGGGAUAUUUUGUCGAUGAGGACAGAUGGGUAAACCUACCCCAUAUUCAUAAUCACCUUGAUGGACAUGCUGUUGCAGUAACAGAAUCCUACGUGUAUGUUGCUGGGUCGAUGGAACCAGGGUUUGCUAAAACUGUGGAAAGGUAUAACCCGAACUUGAAUACCUGGGAACACGUUUGUAGUCUGAUGACAAGGAAGCAUUCUUUUGGACUAACAGAAGUCAAAGGGAAGCUAUACAGCAUUGGAGGACAUGGCAACUUCAGUCCUGGUUUUAAAGAUGUGACUGUUUAUAAUCCCGAGCUCGAUAAAUGGCACAACUUGGAAUCGGCACCAAAGAUUCUUCGAGAUGUUAAAGCACUAGCCAUUGAAGACCGGUUUGUGUACAUCGCUGCCCGCACUCCUGUGGACCGGGACACUGAAGAUGGAUUGAAGGCUGUCAUCACUUGUUACGAUACGGAGACUCGACAGUGGCAAGAUGUGGAAUCUUUGCCACUUAUUGACAAUUACUGCUUUUUCCAAAUGUCUGUGGUCAAUUCAAACUUUUAUCAGACAGCCUCAUGCUGUCCCAAGAGUUAUUCUUUAGAAAAUGAAGAGGCAGUAAGAAAAAUUGCCAGCCAAGUUUCUGAUGAGAUCCUUGAAAGCUUACCUCCAGAAGUCCUAAGCAUCGAAGGAGCGGCCAUUUGCUAUUACAAAGAUGACGUUUUCAUUAUUGGAGGCUGGAAAAACAGUGAUGAUAUUGACAAACAGUAUCGGAAAGAAGCUUACCGAUAUUGUGCUGAGAGAAAGAGGUGGAUGCUUCUUCCUCCCAUGCCACAGCCUCGUUGUAGAGCCACUGCCUGCCAUGUGAGAAUCCCAUACCGUUACUUGCAUGGCACUCAGAGAUAUCCUAUGCCUCAAAACUUAAUGUGGCAGAAGGACCGGAUCAGACAGAUGCAAGAAAUACAUCGACACGCCCUAAACAUGCGACGAGUGCCGAGCUCUCAGAUAGAAUGCUAGGUUCUCUGAUACGUGCAGCUCAAAACAGUUAUACCUGUUCACGAGGCUGAAGAUACCCAGACUGUCACUUGAAAAAGUGUGUCGAUAACUUAUUUUCUACAUGAACUGAUUAUCGCCCCAUAUAAAGGAAAUACAGUCAAAAACUGAAGAAUGGGAAGAUCAAUUCAAUACAUGGUAAUUUUUGUUAGUUUGCAGUCUUUAUCCGUCUUUGGUUUGCGUGUGUGUUAGCUGAAUAAGAUCUUAUUAAAGAUAAGUGGAAAAACCAGGUGUAGUUACUGUGUCUGCCAGCAAGUUGUAACUCCCUUGUCUUAGGGUCUUACGUUUUGAACAUGCUUUAAGCACCAGUUAUAUUUGCACAUUUACUUUGAUAAUCUUUUUCAUUUUUUUCCCGAAUGGUUGGUUUUGACAAGAUCAGAAUUUAUGCAUUGAGCUGUCACCUACAGGAGGUAUGUGCAAUAGUGAGAUUGAAAUUUGAAGGAAAAAGCACAAUAGUUCAGCAAGAUGAUUUCAGAAUGUUUGCACUGAUACUUUUUUGUAUUUGUUUAUCUACAAAUGCUAUCUUGUUUAUUUCUAGAAGAGAUGAUGGAUGAGAAAUUUGUGAUUGGCUCAUGCAUGUUUUGAGUAUUUUUCAUUUCUUUAGCAACUGUUACAAACUUCAAGUCAUCACUCUGAGACAAUGGUAGUUGGCAAGAGUACUGAUCUUUAGCUGAUUGAUUGAAUACAGAGGAAGUUAUAUCUGUGGAAUUUGUUUCUCUAAGAAGAAAAGUAUUAUUAGUUUAGAGUAAGAAAUCAAAGGCACUGAAAAAUUUAAAAACACUUUUUUCGGGAGUUGCAGGCUUAUUUGAAGAUAAAUUAAUGAGUAAAUAAUGCCAAUGACAAUCGACACAAUGCCUUCAAUUUUAAAUCUUGCCCUGAUGCAUAUUGUAUGGAAUCCUUACCAUUCCUUUCUAAAAGAAACUUUUUUCAAAAUGGGAAGGAAGUAACAAUUUAGAGAAAUGUUGCUGAAGAGAAGCCUUAUAAUUUCUCAGCCUGGAUUAUUACAGUGUUUUAUCCAGUUGCCCUAGACUUUCAUUGGAACUUUGCCUGAGCCUAGAAUACUACAUUUGGGCGCAUAAUUAUGGCUCUUAAAAAUCUAUCACUAUGGUUAUCUUUUAUUUAUUUUUAUGCAUUCUUCUGAUACUCUUAUCUGCGCCCAGGCUUUAUGCAAAUUAGCACUUAGGUUGACUUUUAGCAUUCAGUUAGCAUAAGGGACUCCUGCUCUAACAGUCUGAAAUGUGGGUCCAGUAUACUUUUCUUGUUUCUUUCAGAAUGUCUCUACCUUCUUAGACAUUCUGGAAUACCAUUCUAGAAGGUGAAUUCCAAGUACAGUGAUUUUUUUUUUUUUCCCUAGUCCAUUAUAGUUAAUCUUAUUAGUUGGAUCAAACAUCAAAAGGAAAAAAAAGCACAACCAGGAAUUUUGGCUCUCAGUGUGCUUGCUGUGAGACUAUUAAUGUUUAGCCCUUGGACUCUACCCUAAGAACUUAACUGAAAUUUCUGAAUUGGUAUCCCUGCCUAGGACAAAGUUUUUCAAUAAUGUGUUGGAAAUCUGCUUUAAAACCAUUUAGUUUAGGCUGGGGUAGGGAUGGGAGACUGCAAGUCUAUUUCUAUAUGAGGAUAUAUUAUCCUACCCCACCUCUGCUGUUUUCUUAAUUUCCAUUUAUUUGUAGUUAUUUUAAUAAAAGCUAUUUGGAUUCUGAGAAGUGCUAAGUAGUUGUGAGAGGUCUAUGCAAGUAAGACAGAAAAGUUCAUUGAAUGAAGUUCUCAUUUCUCUCUGAUAGACUGUGCCAGCAAACUGCCUUUUCUUGGUGCUGUUGAAAUAAUUUAGUAGCUCACUAAGGUGCCGGUUUCUCUCCAGAAGGGUGUAAGGAUUUUGAUUGCCUUUUUUUUUUUUUGGUCUCAGAGUUGUCUUCUGAGACAGUCAUUACCAAGUUAUUUGUAGGGUUAUCUUUUUUUCACGUGAUGUGGCGGAAGUCAUAACUCAUAAGAUUUAGGUAUAAUCUGGUUUUGAAAACGUGAUUGAAACUGUUGUUUUUUAACUCGGCAGGCAGCCUAGGCCAUGGCUGGAAAAAGAGGGUAAGUCCUUCCUUGCAUGAUGAUGUGUGCAGGGUCCCUGACUACUGAAUUCCUAAUUUUCAUAUUUGAAUUCACAUGUGUGAUUUCACAUCAGUAACUUGUGUUUCUGAAAUAUCCUGACUAACUUGUUAAUAAGGAAAGAAACCAGAUUUGCUUAAAUCUGUUCAAGGCUGACAUUCUGAAAUUCUAAACUGGAGAUAACUUCCCGCAGUAUUUGGAAAGGUUCUGAUUAUGAUGACCA